UGGCUUUAAAAAGCCUUGCCAAAAAGCAAGAGAUUGUUUAGGUUUUUUAGCAGCCUGUCCACAGCUUACUGAACAACAAUGAGUCUUACAGCAAAAGACAAAGCCACAGUGAAGGCCUUCUUCGGCCAAGUUGCCUCUAAGGCUGAUGACAUUGGCAGGGAGGCUUUCGCAAGGACUCUGUACGUGUACCCUCAGACGAAGACAUACUUCUCCCAUUGGGCAGACUUGAGCCCUGAAUCAGCUCAGGUGAAGAAACAUGGACAGACAGUGAUGAAGGGAGUUCUCAGUGCUGUUGAAGUGAUCGAUGAUCUCAGCGGUGGCCUGAUUAACCUCAGCGAGCUGCACGCUUUCAUGCUGCGCGUGGACCCUGCUAACUUCAAGAUCAUCAAUCAUAACCUGCUUGUGGCGCUCGCUAUGUUGUUUCCUGAGGACUUCACCCCUGAGGUGCACGUGUCUGUUGACAAGUUUUUGGCUCAGGUCAGCCUGGCCCUGUCUGAGAAAUACCGAUAAUGUGUUCAUCUUCAACGCGACACUGUUUUUGUUUUAAAGAUGAUGAAAUAAAAAAAAAUAAAAAAUCAUGAAACCAA